AAUAUUUUACAAUAAAUGGCUGGCAUCUUUAUGAUCUCCAUCCUUCUCUAUAAAUACCAAUCCCGAAACCUUCUUAAACAUCAUCAAAACUCAAAUAGCUAUAUUCCUGAAAUGAGGUUCUGGGCACUUACAGUUUUAUCUUUGUUGUUGUCUCUAUUACUAGGAGUCUCAUCGGAUACUGCACAAUGCGGAUCGCAAGCUGGGAAUGCCACAUGCCCAAACGACCUGUGCUGUAGCAGUGGUGGUUACUGCGGUCUAACAGUUGCUUACUGUUGUGCAGGCUGUGUAAGCCAAUGCCGUAACUGCUUCUUCACAGAAUCGAUGUUCGAACAGAUGCUACCGAAUAGAAACAAUGACAGCUGUCCUGGAAAGGGAUUCUAUACGUAUAACGCUUAUUUUGUGGCCACUGAAUUCUACCCUGGAUUUGGCAUGACUGGCGAUGAUGACACUAGAAAGAGAGAGCUUGCUGCUUUCUUCGCCCAAACCUCUCAAGAAACUAGUGGACGGUCGAUAAUUGGAGAGGAUGCUCCAUUUACAUGGGGAUAUUGCCUUGUUAACGAGCUGAACCCUAAUUCUGAUUACUGUGAUCCAAAUACAAAUUCUUCUUAUCCAUGUGUAGCCGACUAUUAUGGCCGAGGUCCUCUCCAACUUAGGUGGAACUACAACUACGGGGAAUGUGGAAAUUAUUUAGGGCAAAAUUUAUUAGACGAGCCAGAAAAGGUGGCAACGGAUCCAGUGCUUUCAUUCGAGGCAGCACUCUGGUUCUGGAUGAAUCCACAUUCAACAGGUGCACCGUCGUGCCAUGAAGUCAUCACCGGAGAAUGGUCUCCAUCAGAAGCGGAUAUUGAGGCCGGCAGGAAACCAGGCUUUGGUAUGUUAACAAACAUUAUCACUAAUGGCGGUGAAUGUACUAAAGACGGGAAAACAAGGCAGCAGAAUCGCAUUGACUACUAUUUGAGGUACUGCGACAUGUUAAAGGUUGACCCUGGUGACAACCUUUAUUGCGACAACCAAGAGACAUUUGAGGAUAAUGGACUCUUAAAAAUGGUGGGAACCAUGUAGUUUGAUGCUAAGGCUAUUGCUUGGAAUUAGCAAGGACGUCUAUGUACCCCAUAUAAUUAAAUAAUCCAAGCAAUAAAUAAAUAAAUAAAAGGCCAAGCCAUUUGGCUUGUGUUUGUUA